UGAAGAAAAGUUGCGGUUAAGGGUCAAACUUGAGAGCCACAACGGUGAUGAAUGAAUAUUUUUCAUUUUCUUCACGAACUCCAACUCUGCGCCAGACGCCAAUCCACAGCAGCCGCCGGGAAGCUCCAUUCUCAGAUCAUCAAAGCCGGGCUCGACAAAGCUGGCCCUCUCCCCAACACCCUUUUAGAUGUAUACGGAAAAUGCGGCCUCAUUCCUCAAGCCCUCCAACUGUUCGACGAAAUGCCCCACAGAGACCAUGUCUCCUGGGCCUCGAUUCUCACCGCCCAUAACCGAGCCAUUCUUCCCCGACGUACCCUUUCAAUGCUUAGCAUCAUGUUUACGCAUGAUGGGUUGCAGCCUGAUCACUUUGUCUUCGCCUGCAUCGUCAGUGCCUGCGCCAGUUUGGGGUAUUUGCGGCUUGGUAAACAAGUUCAUGCUCGGUUUAUGUUGUCUUCCUUUUGUGAUGAUGAGGUUGUUAAGUCGUCUUUGAUUGAUAUGUAUGCUAAAUGUGGGAUGCCCGAUGAUGCUCGUGCUGUUUUUGAUUCAAUCUCGUUUAAGAAUUCUGUGUCUUGGACUGCUAUGAUUUCUGGGUAUGCUAAAUCUGGGAGGAAAUCUGAUGCUAUUGAGCUUUUUCAGCGAGUUCCUGUGAGAAACUUGUUCUCUUGGACUGCUUUGAUUUCUGGGUUGAUUCAAAGUGGGAAUGGAAUUUACUCGUUUUCUUUGUUUAAUGAGAUGAGGAGAGAAGGAAUUGAUGUUGUAGACCCUUUAGUUUUCUCGAGUGUUGUUGGAGCUUGUGCAAAUUUGGCUCUUCUGGAACUUGGAAAGCAAAUUCAUGGCUUGGUUAUAGCUCUUGGUUUUGAAUCUUGUUUGUUUAUAAGCAAUGCACUUGUGGAUAUGUAUGCUAAAUGUAGUGACAUAUUAGCAGCUAAGGAUAUCUUUUACAAAAUGCCACGAAAAGAUGUGAUUUCUUGGACUUCAAUCAUAGUUGGGACUGCUCAACAUGGGAAAGCAGAGGAGGCAUUGAGUUUAUAUGAUGAAAUGGUUUUGAGUGGAAUCAAGCCAAAUGAAGUGACUUUCGUAGGAUUACUUUAUGCUUGCAGUCAUGUUGGUCUAGUUACCAAAGGCCGUGAAUUAUUUAGGUCCAUGACAGCUGAUUAUAAGAUCAAUCCUUCUCUCCAGCACUACACAUGUUUAUUAGAUCUCCUGAGUCGCUCAGGACACCUUGAAGAGGCAGAGAAUCUACUAAACAAAAUGCCAUUUAAACCAGAUGAGCCUACUUGGGCUUCCCUAUUGAGUGCCUGCAAGCGACAUAAUAACAUGGAAAUGGGGGUUCGAAUUGCUGAUCAUGUCUUGGAUUUAAAACCCGAAGAUCCUUCGACUUACAUACUCUUAUCGAAUGUUUACGCCGGAGCGGAAAUGUGGGACAGUGUUUCGAAGGUGAGAAGGUUGAUGAGUUGUAUGGAAGUAAGGAAGGAACCAGGUUAUAGUAGCAUAGACUUUGGAAAGGAGAGUCAAGUAUUUCAUGCUGGGGAGACUAAUCAUCCUAUGAAGGAAGAGAUUUUUCAUUUACUGAAGGAUUUAGAUGCUGGAAUGAGGAGAAGAGGCUAUGUUCCUAACACUAGCUUUGUUUUGCAUGACAUGGAACAACAAGAGAAGGAGAAGCAGCUGUUUUGGCACAGUGAGAGGUUGGCUAUGGCUUAUGGACUUCUCAAGGCUGUUCCGGGGACGGUUAUUCGAAUCGUGAAAAAUCUUCGGAUUUGUGGAGAUUGUCAUAAUGUUUUGAAAUUCACUAGUGAUAUAGUGAAAAGGGAGAUUGUUGUUCGUGAUGCCACGAGAUAUCAUCAUUUCAAGGACGGGAAAUGUUCUUGCAAUGAUUUUUGGUGACUCUGUGAGAUACUCUUCUACUUAGCUGGAGAAUUCUCUGGCCGAAAAAAGGUAUGAACUGGUGGAGUUUUUAGAAGCACUUUUCUGCAUUUUCUGCAUCUCUUCCAAUUUAUUGAUUACAAAAGUAGAGAAAUGAUCAAAAUAUUUGUGUAACUUAGACCAAAAAGAAGCAAUAUUGUUGUACACUUUGCUCUUAUAUCU